GCGGCCGCCGCGCUGUCAGAGUGACGUAUCGUGUCGCGCGUUUUCCCGCCAAAACGCGUGUUCCUUCACGACUGUCAAAUCAAAUUCGAAAUACGAAAAUAGAGCGUUUGUUUAUUUAUGCUCAUAUUUUUCAAGAUGGCGGUGAAUUUAAUAAAUAAAGGAUGAUUGUUUUUUGUGUGUUUAAAAAUGUCGUGUGUUAUGUGACAGUGGUGGUUUCUAGUGUUGUGUCGCAGUUACCGAUAAAAGGCGAUAACUAAUAGGUACUCGUCGAGAACGCACGUGUGAAAAUUGCUGGAUAAAACAGUGUUUUUAAAACAAAAGUCCAAAAAAAUAAGUGUUACGAAAUAAAAGUGUAAUAAAAUUACGAAAAAAAAGAGUGCUCACUGGCCAGUGGGUGACAAAAUUCAAAAGUGGAAUUCCAAUUUUAAAUUUAAAUUUGGAGUUCGAAAUAUAAAAAGUGUUAGCGGCCUGUGGGUGACAGUGCAGUGUUAGUGUAACCCUGUGUAUGAUGAGUGGCGGGUAUGGAUGAGCCCCAGACUAUCCAUAAAACCUGCGUGAGGGUUAACUCCGCGGAGGAUGACGAAUCCAGGGACGAGAUCGACCAUGAGUUACCAAAGAAGAACCCUUUUGUUCGGGGUUCAGACCCGCGCGUGGCGACGUGCCGCGGGCGGCUGCAGACCAGGCGAUGCCAGCUCAACCAGGAGAUCAACAAGGAGUUGCGCCUCAGAGCCGGCGCUGAGAACUUGUUCAAGGCAACAACAAACAGAAAGCUUCGUGAGACAGUGGCCCUUGAGCUGAGCUUCGUGAACUCCAACCUGCAGCUGCUGAAGGAACAGCUGGCGGAGCUAAACUCCUCGGUGGAACUCUACCAGAGCGACAGCAGCAAGGAGUGCGUAAUGCCGAUGAUCCCGUUAGGCCUGAAGGAGACCAAGGAGGUGGACUUCAGGGAACCCUUCAAGGACUUCAUUCUGGAACACUAUAGUGAGGAUGCGGCUGCCUACGAAGAUGCUAUAUCGGACUUUAUGGAUAUGAGACAGGCGAUGCGAACGCCAGUGCGGUCAAGCGCGGGCGUGGCGUUACUGUUCAAGUAUUACAACCAGCUGUACUUCAUCGAGCGCCGCUUCUUCCCGCCAGACCGCUCGCUCGGCGUCUACUUCGAGUGGUUCGAUUCGUUAACAGGAGUCCCGUCAUGCCAGCGAACAGUGGCUUUCGAGAAAGCUUGUGUCUUGUUCAACAUAGCUGGCAUCUACACACAACUUGGCGCUAAACAGGACCGCUCGACAUGUGCGGGUCUGGACGGCGGCGUGGAGGCGUGGCUGCGGGCGGCGGGCGCACUGCGCUACGUGCUCGACAACUUCACCAACGCGCCCUCCGUCGACCUCGCCGCCGACACGCUGCUCGUGCUCGCCGCGCUCAUGACUGCGCAAGCUCGCGAGUGCCUGUUCGAGAAGCUGGUGCUGCAGGCGGGCGAGGCGCGAGGCGAGCUGCGGCGAGCGCCCGAGCUCUGCCUCGACCUCGCGCACGAGAGCGCGCAUCUCGCGCACACAUACCGACAGCUCUACGAUAAGAUGCAAUCUGAAGGUGUCUUCAACUACGUGCCAUACUCGUGGGUCUCUUUAGUCCACGUCAAGACUGAGUUUUACAAAGCGUUGGCGCAUCAGUACUGCGCGACCGGUCUACUAAAUAUGCCGGAGUCGGCGCAGUCUCCGAGCCGCCUCGCAUCGCUGUAUGAUCCUGACACACAUCUCGAAAACGGUUCAUCCAUAUCCCCGACGCUGAAGGACGCGGACGUGGACUGGGCGGCGCUGGGACGCGCGCAUCUCGCGGAGGCGCUCACUCUGUACGAGGAAGCGCUGAGGCUGCAGAGAAUGUGUCGUGAGUUGCGCGGCAAGGAGGCGAUCUCGCUGGUGGUGCGCGCGGCACUGGCGCGGGCCGCGCGGGACCGCGCCGCGCGCGACGCCGCCGCGGACGACUUCACCGACAUCAUCGACGCGCCCAACGUCACGCCAUCCUCAAAAUUCCAACUGGCCCUAACACAACCUGACUUCGCUCAGCACCGAGUAGAAGACUUAUUCAAGUCUCUGGGGCCAAUCGCCAUAUUCUCCGCCAAACGCCACUGGAGCGCCCCUCGCCUCGUCCAACUACAGAAGUACAGAGACGGAUCACGACGCCUAGAGAGACCACGAAACGGAAACACAGAGGAUUACGAAGAAACCAGAAACGGCAAACACAGGACUGACAAACGAGACCGAUCGGAAGACAACAGCACUUAUUACAACCAAAUAAUCAGAAGCGACGAGAAAUAUUCCAAUGACUACGAAAAGAAGAAACUGCACAGGGUCACGAAACAGAACGGAGUUUACAUAAAUAGUUAUAACAAUAAUAAUUAUGAGUACCAUCCAAAGGUGUUGGAUUAUGACUCUCAGAAUGAGUAUAAGACCAAAGGGGAGGGGAAGAUUGAGAAUGGAGUGAAGGAGAAUGGUAAAGCGAAGAAUACGAGACGAAAGGACCCUCUGAGGAGGGCGGCGAGUGAGUACAACGUCUCUAACGCGAAGACUGAGGACGAGGGCUUCGGGUUCUCUGUGAGAGGGGAUGCGCCGGUCGUUAUUGCUGGGGUAGAGCCUAACUCUUUGGCAGAUAUCGGAGGCAUGCGAGAAGGCGACUUCAUCAUCAGCAUCGGAGACACGGACGUGAAGUGGAGCUCGCACGACGAGGUGGUGCGGCUCAUACAGGCCGCCGGGGACACACUCACCAUGAAGCUAGCCACGCCGAUGGAUAAGAGCUGUCUAAAGGCUUCACCCGAAACUCCACGGCAGUCAAACUCGAACCAGGGUUCGGUGUCAGCGGCAUCCACAGCCUCGAGCGGCUCCACCGCCGUCACCGCUCGCUCGUCAGCGCGACGGGCUCCGUCCUGGAACCCCUUCCGCCGACACACCACGCGGGACAACAGCUCGCAUCGCGGCUCACACACCAGUAAUAUUAUAUUUAGAUAAAACGCCUGUUUAGACCAGCGCCAUCUAGUGGAGGUGUUGAUAAAAUUGUUUGUAACAGCUCCAUCUAUCGGAGGUCGUGCUAAAAUUGUUUUUAACAGCGCCACCUAGUAGUAGGAACUUGAAACUUACAAUGUCAUCUGUUAGUACAUUUUGUGGCGCCAUCUAGUGGAUGUUUUGUUAAAAUUAAACAGUAUCAAUCAUUAGGAUAUUGAUGAUUAUUGCGAUUCGUGUGAUUUGUAAGUUAAAAGGCGUCUUAUUGUCUAUAAUAUCACUGGUCAUAGUUAAGUUACAUUAUCUUUCAUUAAAUCACUGUUCUAUCUAAUUGUGGUGUUCAUUGGUUAAAGAUUGUCACAAACGCAUCAAGUCACAAAACCGUUGGUUUAAACGAAUUAGAAUGGCCAUCUAUAUUUAUUAAGUCUUAAACUAUUCUAAGCUAAAAUGUAUACCAACUCCAUCUAUUAUCAGAUACCUUCAACUACUUAUAGAUUUAUUGGUGUGAGUCUGGGUUGAUGAUUUCUUAGGAUAACUUAAGAGAGCGAAGUUCGCUGCUAUUAUAUUUAGGUUCCUAAAUAUAUAGUUAGUUAUUGGGACCUUACAUCGGCUAUGAAACUCCAAAGUUUUUCUUUUAUUAUUACAUAAGUUUUCUGCUUGGCAAACUACUGCGAUUUUUGUUCGAAAUUCCGUACUUAAUAAAAAAAUAUUUUAGGGUGAAAUAUAUACCUUUUUUCUUUGAAAUUCAGUUUGUCAAGUAUGUUAUUUACUUAGUACUUACUUACUAAUAUUCUAGAUAUUUAGAUAACUAUAUCUAUGUACUUAUCUAAAACAAUUUUGUAUUCAUGAUUUGCCUUAAGACUUUUUUGCAAUCAUUCUAUUACAAAUCGGAGAGCCUUUAUUUUCCUUUGAGAAUAUCUAUUUUUUUUUCGGCUGUAGUUAUUCUUUUUUGUAUAAUAAUUUCUUUAAAUAACAGUCAAAGUAUUAACAAAAUGCAAGCCAAUUUAUAUUAUGCAUGUAUGUAUGAAAAGUCAAAGUUUAUCUAUUGUAGGUAUAUAAUUAUUUUAGCCAGAUUAUUAAGAAUUCAAAUUGCACUUUUUCCAAAUUCUCCUACGUUAGGUGAUUGCCUAUUUCAAUGUACUGUCACAUCUUUAUAUCGCAAAAGACGUGCACAGAACUUGAAAACGUCGACAUUUUAAUUAAAAACGAUACUUUUCUCACUUUUUUAUAUAAUCUUUUCAUGUAAAUGUGCUUGUUGCGAAUUUUAUUAUAAAUGCCUGUCUUCCAAAAAGGUAGGCAUCUAUUGUCUACGACUGAUUGAAAGUGUACUUAACAGUAAAAAAAAUAUAUGUAUAUUUUGGUUAAAACUUAACUAUGUAUAUUCGUAGUAAAUAGAAAGUAUAUGUCACAAUUUAUUUAGAUUUAAAUGUAAUUACAGUAUUUUAGUUGAUAUUACAUAAAAUAAUAUAAUUUUUAUUUUGGAUGUGAUCGAUUUUAAAGAAAAGGCAAAACUUUUGGCAAACAUUGAUCGCGUCCAAAACGUAAAAUUUUAGAUUGAUUGUAACAAUUUAAAAUUUUUGAUUUGAUUCGUUUUUAGUUUUUGUAUAAUAUUAUAAAAUAGAGUAAAAUGUAUAUCGUUGUAUAAACUUGUUUAAGAUAUAAAUGUAUAAAAUUGUUGUGGUUACUUUUGAAGAAUAAAGGAUAUUUAAAGGCUA